GAGCUGGCCAUGGCCGCGGGGGCAGCGCCCUGAGCCUGUCCCGCGCCCGCGGGCCCAGCCGAGCAGGGGAGCUCCCGGGGAUGCCCCGGUGGCCCGGAGUGCGGGGAGCGGCAGCCGCGCGGUGAGGGUAGCGGGACCCGAGACUGCGAGGAGCUGCUGCCGCCGUUUCCGACCCCCAUGGCCUACAUGCCGGGUGGAGGUGCCCCAGCACCAGGGGUGGCCCCCGUGGGCUCCCAGUACUGCGUGUGCAAGGUGGAGUUGUCAGUGAGCGGCCAGAACCUGCUGGACCGGGACGUCACCUCUAAGUCCGACCCCUUCUGUGUCCUCUUCACAGAGAAUAAUGGCAGGUGGAGCGAGUAUGACAGGACAGAAACUGCAGUCAACAACCUCAACCCCGCUUUCUCCAAGAAGUUCGUCCUUGACUACCAUUUUGAGGAGGUGCAGAAGCUCAAGUUUGCCCUGUUUGACCAGGACAAGUCCAGCACGCAGCUCGAGGAGCAUGAUUUCCUGGGCCAGUUCUCCUGCAGCCUGGGCACGAUCGUCUCCAGCAAGAAGAUCACUCAGCCUCUGCUGCUGAUGAAUGACAAGCCUGCGGGGAAGGGCCUGAUUACGAUUGCUGCCCAGGAGCUUUCAGACAAUCGGGUCAUCACGCUGAGCCUGGUGGGCAGGAAGCUGGACAAGAAGGACCUCUUUGGGAAGUCAGACCCAUUUCUCGAGUUUUAUAAACCAGGAGGUGAUGGCAAGUGGAUGCUGGUCCACAGGACUGAGGUGAUCAAGUACACUCUGGACCCUGUGUGGAAGCCAUUCACUGUGCCAUUGGUGUCCCUGUGUGAUGGGGACGUGGAGAAGCCCAUUCAGGUUAUGUGCUAUGACUAUGACAACGACGGGGGCCAUGACUUCAUCGGUGAGUUCCAGACCUCGGUGUCACAGAUGUGUGAGGCUCGUGACGGCAUCCCGCGGGAGUUUGAGUGUAUCAACCCCAAGAAGAAGAAGAAGAAGAAGAACUAUAAAAACUCGGGCAUCAUUAUCCUGCGUUCCUGCAAGAUAAACCGGGACUACUCCUUCCUGGACUACAUCCUGGGAGGCUGCCAGCUCAUGUUCACUGUUGGGAUAGACUUCACAGCCUCCAAUGGAAAUCCCCUCGACCCUUCCUCUUUGCACUAUAUCAACCCCAUGGGCACCAAUGAAUAUUUGUCAGCCAUCUGGGCUGUUGGGCAGAUCAUUCAGGACUAUGACAGUGAUAAGAUGUUUCCAGCUCUUGGCUUUGGGGCGCAGUUACCCCCAGACUGGAAGGUCUCCCAUGAGUUUGCCAUCAACUUUAACCCCACCAACCCCUUCUGCUCAGGCGUGGACGGCAUCGCCCAGGCAUAUUCGGCUUGCCUGCCCCACAUCCGCUUCUACGGUCCCACCAAUUUCUCUCCUAUCGUCAACCACGUGGCCCGGUUUGCGGCCCAAGCCACGCAGCAGCAGACAGCCAUGGGGACACGGGUUCGAGCCCUGGUCCGGGAAGACCCCACAUGCCAUGGAGCAGCUGGGCCCGUGAGCCACAAUUACUGAACUUGCGCAUCUGGAGCCUGUGCUCUGCAACAAGAGAGGCCGCGACAGUGAGAGGCCCGCGCACCGCGAUGAAGAGUGGCCCCCGCUCGCUGCAACUAGAGAAAGCUCUCGCACAGAAACGAAGACCCAACACAGCAAAAAUAAAUAAGUAAAUAAACUCCUAGCCCCAACAUCUUCUUUAAAAAAAAAAAAAAAACCAAUACCCUUUCCACUGUGACUGAUGCUGUGUCUGGGGUGUGCCUCCAGGUCUGCUUGUUGCCAGCAGAGUCCCACAAUCCCAGAAGCACUGACCUAGAUGAUCUGCUUAGCUCCUGCAAGGGGUCUCUGAGGCCGGCUGUGGUAAUGGGGAACGAGCAGCAUCACAGGUGUUCACGUGAAGGUGGAGCAGAGAAGGGGAGGCUGCUCCCAGAGUCCACAAGCCAGAAUGCAUAUUCCUCACCAGCCGUGGGCCUCACUCUGCCACAGAUGCAGCUGUCGAUUACCGAGCCAGCGUGGUCUCUCUGAGAGGUGCAGGAAUUCCCACUUUGCAGACGAAGGAACUGAGGCACGGCGAGUUGAGUCAGUUGCCCAGAGUCCCACUGUGUAGCCACUGUCAGAGCCAGGCCUGGAGUCUGGGGCUCUCAAACCCCCAAGCUGGGGAGUCUGACAUUACACAGGGCAGGAGGAAGAGAGCAGUUUGUGCUUCCAGCUGUGACGGAGGAGAGGCCUACAGGGCCCAAGCACUGAAAGGUGGCUGCCUAGGGAGGUGGCUAGGGUUCAGCAACAGCUCGGGGAGACGAGCCACCUUCCUCCCAGGGGUCAGAGGGUUUGGGGAGAUUGGGAAAGGACGGAGGGGAAGGGUGGCCAGGGGCCGAGGGCUGUGCUGAGCGCCUGUUGACCCCCUCCACAGCAAUACUUCAUCCUCCUUAUCAUCACGGACGGUGUCAUCAGCGACAUGGAGGAGACGCGGCACGCCGUGGUGCAGGCCUCCAA